AUGGAAACAAAACCUGUUGUCACCUGUUAUGGGGAUAACUCGUUGUUUUCUGGACUUCAGCCACUUAUAAACCGUGGUUUACCACAAGAGGCAACUGAAUGGAGAAGGUCUUAUGGUAGGCCAGCCAAAUUUGUACGUCUUGAAGUCAGUUUUGUUCCUUAUGAUGACGAUAUAUUACCAACUGAAAAUGAAAAGACACUUAUCAGCAGGCCUUUCUUUCAUAUAUAUUGGACAGAAUGUGACUUGGAUAACUACAAGCAGUCUGUGAAAGAAGAUAUGGCAGAAUGGCAUGCUGCUCUUAAGAAUAACAAUAUUCCAGAUUGGUUGAUUGUUGUAGUGGUUAGUGAUGAGAGCAAGGUCAAGUCCAAGUUGUUACCAAGAUCUUCUGUUAUCGAUAAAGUCAAGAGUGAUUUUUGUGGCAAACAGGUGGACAGAUGCAUUGUUCUCACUGAACCAUUAAAAGGGGACCAAAAGUGUCUUGACUCCUGGAACAAUUUUUAUCAACGUCUCCGGCAAUUACUUCUCCAAUCUUUUAAUAAGCAUUUGAAUAAGUAUGAAGAGAAUAUGCGUUCACUAAGAGAGAGAAGGAACGAACACAAUUGGAGCUUUUCUGAAUACUUCCUUGUACAGGAAGAACUGGCAUUUAUGUUUGAAAUGCUUGGUAUAUAUGACGAUAGCCUUCUCCAAUAUGAUGAACUUGAUGCCUUAUUCACACAGUUCUUGCUCAACCAUGCUGCAGGAGAAACUGUGGACUGGUUGACUCCAUUUGUUGAACCUUGUACAACUUGGGCUGGCAUUUCUCUUACUAAAGCACUCAACUGGGAAAAGCGAGAUCUGAUCAAGCAAAACAAAGCAAGUCUGUUGGAGUUUCGCAAUUAUCUUUUCUCUCGGCAGUGUGCAUUGUUGUCUCUUUUGAAUCGACCUUGGGAGAUUGCUGAGAGAGCAGUUGCUUACCUCCACAACACGGUGCAAGAAAUGAAGACACUGGAAAUUCAACUUCCAGAAGGUUCUCUUGCUUGUUGGGUGUUCCUUAGCUGUUUAGAAGUGUUGCAAACAAGUGAAAAACUGAAUGAUACAAACCAGAGUAAUGCUCACUCUCUCUACACUGCCAGCCUGUGGGACUAUGCACGUAGAAAACUAAAAGAGUUGGGAUUUUUAUGUGGCUUGAUGCCAGGUUUGGACUCUAAACCUACAUCUGAACAACUUAGUAAAGUUGUAGAUCUUCUUUUUGGAAUGGGUGUCAAUGAUGAAGAUGCAACUGGUAUUGGGCCACCUCGGCCGAUUGAUAGACUACGAGAAGCUCUUUCAUCAAAAGAAUCUUUUAAGCAACAUUAUUUAGAAUUAUCUGAAUUGGCAAUGGGUACAUUCAAGCAUAUAGGACGAGUACGUUCAGCUCGGAUUAUUGGACAUGAUUUGGCCGAGUUUUACAUGAAACUUGGAGAGCCUUUGAAAGCAGAAGGAUUUCUUUUGGAUGCCAUGAAGAUGUAUAAACAAGAAGGUUGGGACAUUUUGGCAGAUGGUGUACGAAUUCUUGUGGCUCAGUGUCAAAAGAAAUUGGAUAAUACUCUAAAAUAUAUAAAGACUUGCUGCCAUAUUGCAUGCAGUAGUUAUUUGACACUGUCAGAACGAUGCCAUUACCUUGAGGAACUGUAUCAACUGACCAAUAACUCAGAUUCUCCAUUUUAUUUGAAAACUCAUCCUGCAUUCAUUACUGAAGAUAUUAUCCUCAACACUCCAGUUGCCACCUUCAGGGACGAGAUGAGUGUUACUCUUGAAAUCCGGAAUAACUUUCCCCAAGAUAUCACAGUUGAUUUUAUAUCCCUAGGAUUUUCCUAUGAGAUCACUGCCUCAUCUCGUUCAAUUGAGAAUAUCAGCUUGAAGCCUGGCUUGAAUUCAGUUACACUUAAAUGUCAAGUGCAGAAUUGUAAGAAAGGACUCUAUAAAAUGGGUCAGUUGUGCAUCAAGACAAAGCAGAUGGAAUUCAUUCGUCACAAUGUGGCUCAUGAUGUUUUUAUUGAGAUUUUUUGCCAGCAGCCUUAUAUUGAAAUCACACCAAGUCCAGAGAUUGGCCAAUUGGUAUCUGGGAUCAGGCAAGAAGUAGAAGUGACUUUUCAUACAAGCAGCAUCCCAAUACUUGCUAAUAACAUUCUUAGAGUGACAACUUCAGAUGGUCUUUCAGUCAGUAAUGGAAAAGAUGAAGAAACAAACAUUCCACUUCCAGCCACUCCAGCCAAUGACCUUUUCACAUUUAAACUGUUUUUACAGCAUGUCUUAACAAAGGACCAAGUAGAGGGAACUGUAACUUUUGAUGGUGACUUUUUACAUUCACCAAUCAGCUGUCAAAUUGUGUUUUAUCCUCCCCUGGCAUUCUCACACCGCCUUUAUUCUUGUAAAGAAAGAAAGUACAUCCAAGUUGAAGUGAAAGGUAGCAAUCGCAUUCCAUUUUUAGUGUCAACUCCACAGUUGAAAGCUGUUGAAAACAAUGAUGUAGAAUUCAUUCCACUCGGAUAUACCAGCAAGUGGCAGGAAAUUCAUUGUGAACAGUCUACAUGUUUUAUGUGGCAACUGAGAAGUAAUGCUAUUCCGAUGCCGUCUUCUUUGGAUCUCACAUUUACUGUUACCUACCGUACAAUGGCUGAUGAAGAUGAUCUCUCUAGAUUAUCUGUUUACAACAUCCACAUGAUCAAUUUACAGACUCUUUACAUCAUCACAUCAACAAUUCUGCCUGGGAAUGACCAAAAGCAAUGUAAAGUGGGUACUGUAUGCCACUUGGACUUUUGUGUGACCACAACUAGCAAAUCAGAAUCAGCCAACAACACACAAUUGUUGUAUGAAGUGGUUGUUGAUCACUUACUGUGGGCUGUCUGUGGAAAAGUCACAGGAGUUUUCUCACUGAAUGACUCCAAAUUUAAGGGUCAGCUCCAAGUAAUCCCACUUAUGCCAGGGUUUCUACCCCUGCCGUUAAUAAGCUUGUCUAAAUAUAAACCAAAAGAUGGGCAAACAUAUUCUGCCAGUGAUAAAGAUACAGUGAAUGAAUGCAUCCAAUUGGCCAAUGAAAAGUUUGAUGUUGGUCAAGUUUAUAACAGUAGCUUAGGUAAACAGGUUCAUGUUUAUUCUGAGCAAGGUAGUGGAAACAUUGAAACCAUUAUUACAUAUUAA